AGCAGCGUUAUUUUUCAGCGUCCUACGAACUGCCGGUUUACACAACCUAAUCGUAUCGUCAACGCUUCUUGUUGACUGGUGAAAGCUUGUCUGGUUUAGUGCCUAACUUGAACUUGUACUAGCCAAGCCUGCCGGUUGAUAUAAGUGAUAUGCGUCGCGGUUUAGUCAUUGAAAAAUUAGCCCAAGUGAUAGAUAGGGAUAAAGAUACGUUCUGUAAGUUGCUAGUAACUGUCUGACAUUCACGUCUAGGGCAGGUACUGAUAAGCGAUUGCGAUAAAACCGACGAGUGUUUUAGUUUCAAUCUUCAUAGUUAUUCCGAAAAAGUCAGUUGGAAUUUCCGAUUUCCAGAUUAACAUAAACUUAGAAGAAGAAAAAACUUCCGAAAAAAAUGUCAAAGCAGGAGGAAGAUGGAGAUGCUGCCUUCGAUCGGAUCAUGGAAAUGGUGGGUGAUGCGGGACCCUUCCAGUGGCGAUACAAUCUGAUAUUCAACGUCGUUGCGGUGACGUUUUUCGCGAUGAAUGUGGUCAACAUUCUGCUCAUUCUCACGGUUCCGGAACAUCACUGUGCCGUCCCCGGGAUGGAGUUGUACAACGUGAGCGAUCAGGAACUGUGGAACAAUUUGACACUUCCCAGAGCCCCUACCAGUCGAGGAGACCUCGGGUACAGUUCCUGCACCAUGUACAACGUGUCCCUUUACCCGCCGGGAACCGAUCCCGCCCAAUUGGUAUUCGGUGAAAACGACACCAUCCCCUGUCAGUACGGCUACUGGUACGAUCGACAGUAUUACGAUAAAAUACCGGCAACCCAGCAGAACUGGGUCUGCGAAAAGGAACUCUACGCUACCAACGUAUUUGCGGUGAUUCGGAUGGCCGAGGUGUUGGGUUCGUUUGCACUCGGGCAAUUGGGCGAUCGGAUAGGUCGCCUGCCAGUGUUUCUGGUCAGCAUAGUGAUGAUUCUUGUCGGACGAUCGUUUGCGGUGAUGACGGAUGAAAUCUACUGGCUGUUUGCUUUGCUUGCCUUCAUCGGUAGCUUCGGAACAAAUACCAGCUUUCAAUCGCCGCUGAUCGUUGUCAUGGAAAUAUCGCGGGAUGAAGAUCGAGCUGCCCUUUCACUGUGGCAGCUUGUCGGAUGGACUCUAGGAGUUUCUCUGCCUCCGUUGGCUUUCUGGUGGCUGCGUGACUGGGUCUGGUUCAUGCUUCUGACCAGCAUUCCUUGUGCACUCUUCAUCCUGAUACCGGGAUACACGAUCGAAUCACCGAGGUGGUUAGCGACUCAGGGACUCUACAAAAAAUGCCUGACCGAAUUGAAAAAAAUUGCUAAAGUAAACGCAAGGCAGUUUCUGUUGACGGAAGAUGAACUUCGUGAACGAGUUCCGGUGAAAGAAGUGGAAAAGACCUAUGGCAUAGCAUCUCUCUUUAGCGGAUGGCAUAUGACGAAAUUGUCCGGUUUGCUUCUUUUUAGUUGGAUCUGCAAUACAAUUCCGACCUACACGCUGCUCCUGUUCAGUAUGCAGAUGGGUGGUAAUCCCUUUUUGAACGUAUUCUGGCAGGGAGCUAUUGAGUUGCCAGCCUAUUUCUGCGGUCAAAUGUUGUGCAACAGUAUCGGCAGACGAAUUACGAAUUGUAUAGCCUUCAUGGGUAUAGCGUUAGCAUGUAUUCCGAUUAUAUUGAUCAUCCAAAAUAGUGAAACCGAAAUAUAUGUCACAACACUAGCCGUGAUUGUGAAGUUCUUCGUGUGCUUGUCGUACUUUGCACUUUAUCUGCAAUCAUACGAGGUCUACCCCAUUACUCUGCGACAGACGGGCACCUCGUUCGGACUCAUCAUCAGCAACAUUUUCGGCACCUUGGGACCUUACAUCGUGUAUCUAGGAACAAACAAUGAUGUGCGUCUACCAUUUGCGGCAAUGGGUUUGAUCGGCCUGGUAGGGUGUUUUGCUUCGAGUUGCCUGCCGGAAACUUUGUACCAAAAACUGCCAGAAACCAUGCAAGAGGGAAGACUUUUUGGCAAGGGUCAGAAGUUUUGGUCCCUGCCACAAAAACCUCGGGCCGAGCAGCCGCAACAACCGGCUACCAACAGAGAUUAUUCCAAGCUGAGCCAACACGAAUCCGUUCCAGAGUCUCAGAGUGAUUCCGAAAUUGCUGCCUAGGCAAUGGAGUGCUAUUUUGGGAGCGUUUAUUGAGAUGUGUUUUUUGUUGUUUUGGUGAUAACUUUUGAUCGAAUAAAUAUACAGUAUUCAAAUUUUUAAA